GCAUGAUGAUAACAUUUACUGCAAGAGUUUUAAUAUUCUUCCCUGUUACAAGCUGUCAUGAAGAGAAUAUCAUUUGUAUUGGUGUUCCGUCAUGUGGGCUCCCUUGGCAUUGCCAUUUUCGUUUGCUUUGGACUCUAUGGGAUAUACGAGUUCUUUUUUGAGGAACUUCCCACACACAAGGUUGAAUUUUAUCAAGCCAACACUACAGUACCAUUUCCAUUUAAAGACCAUGGAGAACGGGUAGUUUCACAGUACAUGCAGGUUGGAGAGAUCCUUCCCAAUUGUGGUCUUGAUUUUGUCUGUCCACAUAAUCACUUCCCAGUGCACAUCUUCAGUGGGAAAGGCAAAGAUGACAUGCCAAAAAUUUGUGUUUCUGGAAAAUAUGUGAUUCAAAAAGAUAUAAAUAAUGGUGGCCGAGGGAUGAACAUGGUGGUGGUAGACUCUCAUCGCAUGAAAGCAGUAAAUGCCCGGCGCUUUGACACAUAUGCAAUGGACUCUAGUGAGAUGGAGCUCUUUCUGAUGCGGGAAGUGCGAGAUGGAGACAUCCUCAUCGGCUUGACAUUUGAUGAAGCUUCAAGAAAUUUGGGAGCAAUGGCAAAGAAUUUGCUUGCUGACUUAGGGAGCAGCCAGAUCCAGAAUCUGCAGUUUCGGGAUCAGUGGUACACGGUAACACAGCGGGGCAUAAACGGCUUUUCCCCUUAUGAGACCCUGAAACCUUCCAAAGGGGGAUUGUGGUCUCCUAUUGACGAACACUUUUGCGUGCCACGGCAGUUGAAAGGUAGGAAAAUUAUGCCUGAUCCAAAUGUGAUGCAGAAUGAUGCAAGGGCCAAAUUCUGCAAGGAACACACAUACAUUGCAGAGUUCUGUUCAGUUGAUCAGCGUAAUACACCCCUCAGACCAGCAAUACUAACUAAUCGGCAAUUGGUUGGAAGUCCCAUGUUCUCAACCCCAAUUAUGGUGAUUGCUGGAGAGUCACUCUCCUCACUCACUCUCACCUUGGAGACCAUCUUGAGUCAGCCGGGAAUUCAGCCACGAUACGUGGUGGUUAUCUACAAUCCAGAGCUUGUUAAAGAUGUGCCAGAACUUUGCAAGCUGUUUGGUUUCAGUUACAAGGCUAUCAGUGAAAAACAUUACUUUAAGAUUUUAGAGCUGACCUUUGAAACUGCUCAUGCCCUUUUCCCGGGAUCAUUGUAUGUGACGGUUCUGGAAGAAGGUCUCUUGCUGUCACCAGACUUCCUUGCGUACUCAGCUACUGUCCUGCCUUUGCUGCAUGACCCAACCAUUCUUGCUAUUUCUGCCUGGAAUGCUAAUGGGUUCCUGAAUGUCUCAACCCGUCCAGAUUUGGUUUACCGAACAGAAGAUUUUCCAGGACAGGCGUUUACUAUUCGGAUGGCAACUUACUUUAAAGAAAUGAAGCCAAACAUGAUACAGUGUUGCAGCAAGAGAGGCUGGGAAGGCUGGCUGGAGUUUGGACGCUGGGAGAGAGAAAUUGUGGUGCCGGACAUCUCUCGGGUGUUGAGGAGACCUGUAGGACCUGAUCUGGAACCUGUGACGCCACUUGUGCAUGCUCUCUUCCAUCGCCUCAGAGCUACAAACUUGGAAAUCACUGCACAAAUCAAUGGAGCUGAUUUGCUGAGUGCUGAGAGAUAUGAAAGCCAUCUUGUUACCAAACUGAACUCCAGCGGCACACGCAUGAUACAAGCAAGCAAAGAGAAUGUGGUGAAGUGUGCAGAAACAGAAUCUAUUGAGAGCCUCCACCUGAACUUAAAGAAUUCAAAGCCUGAAGUCUUAGUUCUUGCUUACAAAGAACAUGACGUAGCAGACUUCAAUGGGAUGAAGCUUUUGUGUCGUUGUUUUGGCCUCUUCUUUGAGGACCAUUCGCCACCUCGGGGACUUCACAGAGGAUUGCUAAGGUUUACCAUGAAGGGAAAUGAAUUGAUUUUGCUUAGUAACAGAAGUCCUCUUUUUGUUAUACCACCAUUUAAUGGAACAAAACUCAUCCUGCCUUGAAACAGGCUUUCUGUCUUAGAAUAGUGCUUAUAUGAAAGACAUUUUCUCCAUGAAAAAACAAUUUUCAUUUUAGAAAAUAGGGUUUUACGUGAGUGUCAUGGUUGUAGUGUUUUCCUUUAGAAGUGGGUUUGUAGAAGUUGCUAGGUGUUAAAGUACAUUUUUUUCAGCAUGAGAAAUAUGCAUAUAGAUGAAUUAUGUUACUUUGCUCUACAACUUGAAUAUAUUUCUCUCUGCCUCUGAGCGGGCAUUCAUCUUAUUACUGGUACGAAAAUAGUUUCUUGCUAGUUUCUCCCUUCCCCAGUAUUACUAGUUUUGUGAAAGAAUGUUUGUAGCUUUGGUUUGUAGGAGGACAAGUAAUGUAUAUAUAUAAAGAGAGAGAAAUACUUGUAAUGAAGGUUCAGUUUGUUGUUUUUAGUAUAGACCAUAAAUCAGAUGUGAAUGUUGACUGUUAUAUAGGGAGUUGCACAAGUUAAUCCAUAUAUUUGUAAAGGUGAUAGAACAUACAAUUUUUAGGAAUAAUUCUUCCAUACACAACAGUACUUUUCAGAUUAUUUGAGGCAUGAGGCAGUUACAACUCUGUGAAAUUAUGAUUUUUAAAACUGGGGACUUUUUAUGCAAACUACAGAACGUUACAGUCUCUUCAGACAAGAAAUCACAUUAAUAACAAACAUUGAUCCACCACAAAGAAUAACAAAAAGACUGUGUGGCUGUAAGUGGCAAGAAAAAUAAAAUGUAACUGCAACAUUUGUUUGCAAUCAAUGGUUUGUCAGUAUACUCCAAGAUUAGAUAUAUUUAAUGUUUGAUAUCAUACCAAACUAAAAUGAGAAAUGUAAAGGGAAUCACAUUCUUUCACCUCUGCCAUGUUUGUUGAUAUUGUCAUUGACAGUUGUACAGUAUAUGUUUGCAAGGCAAUAACUGAUAAAAAUAAAUUGUUGAAAUUGUUUAACUACUUUAUUGUUCAAAUGAAAAUAGAUGUUUUUUUUUUUUAAGUAGAAUCACAUGGAAUGCACAAAACUUUUGUUAACUCCCUAAAUUUGUUAAUUACUUUUCACCUUCACUCAUGUUAGAAUUUACAGGGUGAAGUGAUUGGUCAGUUACAUGAAUAACUUUGUCUUUAGCAGUAAUUGGUAAAAAUGAUAAGUUAAUUUAGAUUGACACUUUUCAUCACUUUUAGGAAUUUGCUUUCUUCAGAUAUCAUGUAGAAAUUACUUUUCUCAUCAAUGCUUUAACAAUUCUGAUGGGUUGCCAUUUUUGAACCUAGAUCUGAAAAAAGCCUUUGAAUGCCACUUUUGUGAAUGAUCUCCUUGAAAUAAUGAAUCUCUUGGAGCUCUGUUACCAGCUGUGAUUAGAAUGAAGUUUGUUAUAUUUAAAUAAAAUAAACUUGACCUGAAA